GAAGCAAACUCUAAACGUGUAGAAAGACAAUCCUUUUCCAUCUGCAUCUAAUUUCUAUAUUCUUUCAAUUAAAAUGUAGUCAGUAGUAAAUAUUUAGUUUCAGUUGAGUUGCACGCCGCGUAUGAUCGCUGAAUUUCACAAGGCUCGCUGUAGUUCUGCUCGCUUCGUUACCGGAAUCGGGAAUUCCUAGAAUGUAGUGUGAUGUUGGACGCCCUGAAUAAACAGCAUUAAAACUGUGGAAAAAUAUUUCGACGACUACUGUGCACAUGGCAAAGAAAAAACACUUUCGUGAACUCAAAGAGUCGACGCCAAACAAUCCAGGAGUGAAUUUGAGACUACGGGCAAUUUCGCAGGAAGAAAAGGGCCUACCGAUGAAUUUUGAAGAUGAUAUUGAUGAUUUUGAGUUAGACGUAAUGAAUGCUGACAAAGCCUUUGAUGACCAUGAAAGAGAGAUCAAAAGACAGAAACAUGUGCAGGCAAUGAAAAUUGUUGAAAGGAAGUAUUUCAAGAAAGCCAAGGAACCAAAUAUGGUGUUCUGGGAAGAAAAAGAACAGAUGCGAUAUCUUCAUAACAACAGCCCAGAAGAGUGGGAUGUUGCUAGACUCUCAGAAAGCUUUCCAGUUUCACAGACUGCUGUAAAGAAAAUUCUAAAGGCAAAUUGGAGUCCACAAGAUAGAGAGAGAAUACUGAAGUACAAUGAAAGUGUAAAAAGAAACUGGAAGCUGUUGGAAGACGGGAAACUAGAUAUAGAUGAUAAACUGAAAACCCAUUUAAUGAAAUUUAUGUCGAGGGAAAAAGCUCAGCUUCCAUCUUCUGAUUCACUUUCAGCAUUGAAUCCUGGUACACUUCCACCAAAACAAUUACGUCGUGGAGGUGACAAGAUUGCAGACACUGGAAGACUGAAUGCAACAAAACCGAAGAAGGAGCCACAUCAAGACCAACAACACAAAAAUAAGAGCGAAUUGCCAGGAACAUACAAGAUAGGUGAUUCUCAUUACGACAGUGAUGAUGGGGAGUUUUUGUUCCGUGUACCUGGAAUGAAUUCUUAGUGCAUUAGAUGUUUUGAUAAACAUAACACUGUGGCAGACUGGUACAAAAUGAACGUUGAAAAGUAUAGCUUAUUUUUUAUAAUGCACUGAUCUGAUUAGAAGCAUGAUGAACUUUUGAAAUACAAAUUGCAUGGGAACCCUA